CGCGUUCAACCUUUACUUACACGACUCCUGCACGAUGAAACGAGUGGCAGAGAAACAAAUCACCAAAGACGGUGACUACGAUGAUGACGAUGAAGCAGAAGAGCAAAGAGGAUUCCAUAAGGCAGAUGAGUCGGUACUCACGGAACGGAAGAUACGUGCUCUACCGAAGAGGGCCAAAGUCGGCACUACCUUAGAUUCGACUUCUGUUGGAAGUGGCGCGACGACAGAGGAAACCACACCGAAGCCUUCUGGCUCUACCUUUGGAUUAUUUGCAGGCUUCGGUGCCCCAAGCGCUACGCCAUUCCCUUUCAAUCCUUCAACACCCGUCUCAAAUUCUCCUUCAACGGGUGCUUCACCCACCGCAACAUCUACAGCAAAAGCAUUUAGCAAUAUUGCUAGUGGAGUCACAACCAACGGUACCUCCACCACAUCUCAAAAUUCUAAGUCUUCGCUCGCCGUGCAGCCUACCAUUCCCGAUAUCACGUCUCACUCGACUUUGGGAAAAGAAGGUCCAGCUGUAGACUAUUAUAGAUCACUUCGUGGCCUUAAUGUGUCAUUUUUGUCGACAAUAUCGAAGGCGGUAGAGGACGAUCCAUUUGUGGACGUUAGUGGUCUGCUAGAGCGUUACAAGUCUCUCAGGAUCGAUAUUCAACGAGAGCAUGACCAAAAGACCUUAAAGUCUUUCACCACCUCCACUAUUCCAUCCUCGUCCUUCUCCAGUAAGUCGCCGACUGCGAUGCCCACUCCCCCGUCCUCGUUCAUUGGCUUCAAACCUUCUUCGAAUCCAUUUACCUCAACCACUCCUGAUGGAGGCUUCAUACCAACUCUCGAUAACGCGACAUCGAAAUCAUCCUCUUUUAGUUUCCCAAGCUCCACGACGCCUUCUUCAACGUCGAAACCCUCCUUCCUUCCAUUUUCCGCUCCAAUUGGUGCCACUCCUACAACGGCACCUGCCCACGCGAACUUCUUCAAAGACACUUCGAAAACCACAAACGCCAACCUCUUCGGGAAACCAGAAGAUAGCUCUACGCAGGUGUUCUCGAGUUCUACCUCCCAUUUCGGUGGUCCUGGUGAAAGCAAUAUUGCAGGUAACUUGUUCGGAAAUCCUUCAACCACUGAAAAAUUCGCGACACCCUCCACACCUCCUCCAUCUGGAAAACCUACCCUUGGUGCUUUUGGUGGGGCAUUCGGUACGAAAACGAGUCCUGGCGGGGGAAGUAUCGGUAAUCCCGUCGGUUUCGGUUUUGGUGCUGGGACCACCACCACUCCAUUCUCAUUUGGCGCCACGUCGGGUGGGGGUUCUACUUCUGGCGCAGGCAAGGGUUUUUCCUUUGCAAGUUCCCCUGCGACGCAAGGUGGCUCUGGAGAGCCAACCCCCACUGUGGUGGAAGCGGAUUCAAACGGUCAUCAGUCGCAAGGGACUGAGGAUAGUGCUGUGACAGGUAUGUUUGGCCCUAAUCCCCACGAUGAGGAAGGGGAAGGAGAACAGGAUGAAGAGACGGUUCACUCGGUCAAGUCGAAGGUUUACAAAAUGAAGAAGGAUGGUGAAAAGACUUCCUGGGUCGAAUUGGGCACUGGCAUCCUCAGAUUGAAGAAACACAAGGUGGGCGAGCAGAGGCGGCUGUUACUACGUAACAGCAGCAACGGGAAAAUCAACAUUAAUUUCAAUCUCUAUCCUGGCCUUAAGCCCUCUCAGUCCCAGAAAGUCGUUUCUUUUGUUGGACACGAGGCUGGGGUUGCCCAGACGUACAGCGCUCGAGUGAAGACUGAAGAUCAGGCCAUAGCGCUCAAGGAUGCAUUAGACCGAGAAAUUGCUUUUGUCAAAGCAAAGUCUGCCGAAUGACAAUAUCUUUACUUGUUCACCCUCAAUACAUGACUAUAUCGCGACGUCGUUCAAUAUCCCAUCCCAUAUUAUUCCAAUUGUAAACUGCCAUCGAUUAUUUGCUACUUUCGAUCCUAGCAACCUAUAAAUCUCGUGCGCACAGAGAGCAUAGAAGACAGCAACACCAAUGACACCCUUCCGUCCAUUUUUUCAGUAAAUAUCCGCUCGUCAGUCCGAACAGCCGCGCGGCUUUGACUACAUUUCUCAUUCGAAAUUGAAAGAAACCAUCAGUCUUUCAUGCUCAGAGCUAUAUGCUCGGAAAUUGGAAUAGGAAAUCUCACUGGUGACCGCCAACGACCGACUGGUAACUCCCCUUUCAUUGUAUAUGUCGUCGUUAUUUCCAAUGACAGUGACC